CAGAAACACACAAACAAACAAACACAUAAAUACACACGCAAUCACACACAAACAAUCAGUCACAAAAACAAACAAUCACACACACACAAACAAACAAACAAUCACACAAACGAACAAAUCUCCCAAAAGCACUGACAGAAAUGCCUAAAUGUUGCCAAGGGUCGACGACACCUUACAACUGCCCUCCUGCUGGGAUUACUACUACCUUGGCAACACUGUGGCUGGAACUUAUGCGACGGAGAAGAAGAGGCUUCCUUGUGACACUGAAGAGCGAGGAAUGUGUGAGGCAAGUCUGUUCCACGGCUCCACCAUUCUCCUGACCGAGAUGACCCAGCCUGACCCUGACCCCAGCUUCGUGUCCAUGGUCAAUGACCUUUCACCUUAUAUAUUCCCCCCGACGCCUUUUUACACUUCGGAAGACGGGGUUAUAGAGGUACGCUUCGACCACCCCGUCCUUGUUCACGGCAUAAGCUUGUACGGAAAUGCAUCAGCCUCCUCUGCGUCUCUUGUGUCGUCUUUCCAGAUUUACUACGCUUACGAGAACAGUGAAGUUUUUAACGUGACGAACUUCAUGGAAUAUCAUUACUCGGAAGAGGAAUAUGGCGACGUAUCAACACUGUACACAGGUUUCGUCCUGGCAAAUGCAACGAACACGACCUCCAAUGGUACUACCAUGCCUACAACGACCAGUACCACCUCGACUACUACGACCACCACGACCACAACACGACCUCUCAGUACAACGACCACUGCCCCUUCCUCUGCAUUUCCUGAGCCUCCGCUGGUUGUGCAUCAUCAGCUACGUCCGUUUGUGGCAACCUCGGUUAAGAUUGUGCUGUUGGAGAAGCCUGUGCAGUAA